AUGCCACCCAUUCCACCAGUAACUCAACCCAUCUGUUUAAUUGAGAAUGAUGUUGGUAAGAAAAUGCGAGUGAAUCCAGAGGCUCAGAAGGUCCUGGAGAAGAUCUCCCAUCCAUUGGUGGUGGUGUCCAUCGUAGGACCUUAUCGUUCCGGAAAGUCCUCUCUAAUAAACAUGUUAGCUGGAGAUCAAAGAGGUGAGACCCCUGGACUUUCAGGCCCUUAUACACAUCUUAGACACAAAUAACAUCUAAAUCUGAUUAUAUUUUCUGUAAAUUAAAUAAAUAUUUUAGAGAUAUAAUAUAUAUAUAUAUAUGACAUUAUUUUCAUUAUUUCAUUAUAAUUAUUUAUUAAGCGCCAACAUAAACUGCAGAGCUGUACACUAGGUCCACAACAAGACACGUUUGGCUCACAGAACAAUAGGUGGAGAACAUCCUACUUAAUUACCUUACAAUCUAAAGGAAGAGGGGUAACAAUACAGACCGUACACAAUUACACUGCGAUCUUAGCACAUUAUCUCUUUGUAUUCCAAACUAUUCCCCUGUGUUAUACAAACCCCAUAUCAAUACAUAUUAUUUUAGGUGGUUUUCCUGUGGGCCAUACAGUCGAGGCAAAGACUAGAGGAAUCUGGAUGCGAUGCGUCCCUCACUCCGAUCAUACAUUAAUUUUAUUGGACACGGAGGGUCUUGGUGAUGUGAUGAAGGUAAAUAGAGAGCAGUUUAUAAGUAAGUUAAUUUUUUUUAGUGACAGUCUGAUCCAUAUGGUUUCUUAGGGCAGCCAACACAAUGACUUUGCUAUCCUCUCGCUGGCCACGCUAAUCAGCAGUGUAAUGAUCUACAACGAAAAGACCACAAUCAACCAAGACGCCUUGGAGAAGUUAUAGUAUCCUUUGACACAAUCGGACUAUGAUAAGGAAUGCCAUUCACAAUAUUUCAGUCAAAUUUGUAACAACAUAUUGAUUUUGUUCAAAAUUUAUAUUUUCAGUUCAAUUCAGGUUAUAAAAUGGCUCAGGGUCAUUCAUUCAGGUCUGAAUACGUUUUGCAAAAUUAAGUGAUCUAACAAUUAUUAUGGGAGUAGUCAGAGAGAAAACGCGACACAUUUAGAGAUUAGAUGUUAAUGUCUCGAGCUUUGUGCCUGGCUGACAACUGGGGCUGAAUAAAUGAUCACAUCCCCUCAUUGCCUGAAGUCAUGUUGUAUAUGAAAUGUGUAUAUCUAUCACUGUGUCGUUGUAUCUGUGUGGGUGUGUGUAUCAAUCUGGGUGUAGGUAUUUCUCAUUUUACACAUGUUUAUAUGUGUGUGUACUGUCUGUGUGUGUACUGUCUGUGUGUGUACUGUCUGUGUGUGUGUACUGUCUGUGUGUGUACUGUGUGUGUGUGUACUGUCUGUGUGUGUACUGUCUGUGUGUGUACUGUAUGUGCCAUGAUUUAAAAUCUGCCUCUCGGGGUUGGGCUCUGGAACCAAAAAUAAAAUAAACAAAUAAAAUUAAAUGAGGGCCCACUGCACCAUCUAUUAACUUGUGUUUGCUGGAAAUAUAUGUGCAGAGAUGUCUAAAAAUGUCCCAUCCAUUCACAAGAUAUUGGUUAUUAUUUCCUGACAGCCACACCAACAAUAUAAAGUAAUACUUAAGGAACACUAUGGCCACCUGAACAACUUUAGCUUAAUGAAGCAGUUUUGGUGUAUAGAACAUGCCCCUGCAGCCUCACUGCUCAAUCCUCUGCCAUUUAGGAGUUAAAUACCUUUGUUUAUGAACCCUAGUCACACCUCCCUGCAUGUAACUUACACAGCCUCCCUAAACACUUCCUGUAAAGUGAGAUCUAAUAUUUAUACUUCCUUUAUUGCAAAUAAUAUUUAUGUUAGAAUGUAUUAUCUCCUGCACUGCUAAUAGAUUGCUAGACCUUGCAGGAGCCUCAUGUAUGUGAUUAAAGUUUAAUUUACAGAGAUACAAACUUUUUUUUCAUUCAGACUGUGUGAGUCACAGCCAAGGGGGGUGUGGCUAGGGCUGCAUAAACAGAAAUAAAGUGAUUUAAUUCCUAAAUGCUAGAGAAUUGAGCAGUGAGACUGUAGGGACAUGAUCUAUACACAAAAUCUGCUGCAUUAAGCUAAAAUUGUUUUGGUGACUAUAGUGUCCCCUCAAAGAACGUCAAAGAAAGACAAAGAAUGUCCACUGAGCUUUACAGGGAUUGUGAAAUCUUGACAUGCGCAUAGUCGUCCUUUUUAGCCAUAGAUUGCUAACACCCCUUUUUACCCUACCCAGUAAGACACGGACACAUAUUAGUGUUGGAUUUCAUAUCUCCAAAGCUUUAAUAAAAAUUCAUAACAUUCACAAAUAAGGUUAUUGUCAAACAUCCCACAACAAACCCCUAAAAUCCCCACCACCCCCCAUUUACCCCUGACAAUGACCCCACAAUAUACAUCACCGUAUAACCAUAGACAGCCUAAGAUCCAAACAGAUCCGAGCCAUAGGGGUAUACUGAGAAGCCCCCACACCCCCAUGUUCUGAGCCACUGACAUAUAAUACAAGAAAAGGUCUGUGGGGCCAGUUAACAAAAUGCCAGUUUUCACACAAUAGCUGGGUUAAAUAUCCGCUAAAACCCAUCCUCUCCCCUCCACCCUAAUAUGGCAGCCUCCUCAGAUCUGUCAAGGCCCUAUUCCAUGGACAACAUUCUGUUUCUCUGCCUAAUGUGAGUCUCUGAAUGAGUGUAUGAGGCCCUGGGGAGAUAGCGCAGCUAAGCGGACAAGGGCACAUGUAGGAGUGUGGGGAUAGAUACAGGGGAGGGACUUGGGAAGUGUGCAUGGGAGGGGUUAGGCUUAAUGUAAGUUGGUGUGGGGGAGGUCUUACCUCAGUGCCACUUGGGAUUCGGGCCAGCAAACAGCUUCUUGUCUUCCAGCUCCUGUUUGCCUGGGCCUGCAGAUUGACACAGCUUGAGGGAUGGAUAUUGAGGCGAUCCUGUCGUCCCUCAGGGCUGCUGCUGCGCUGGAUGGUGGCCGGCAACUAAGGGAGCAAUUUCUGAGCAUUACUGGAGGUAUGGCUGUCGGUGUGGGCACCCCCCGUGGCCUACCCUCCCCUGGAGCACCCCCUGAGGGCUCCCCUGCUGCUCCCCCUGCGGUCCCUGUCCCUGGGGGCCGCACCAGCACUGGCAGGCGUUCUCGGCCGCCCGGCAGCGGUCCAGGUCCCCCCGCGGCCGGCGGGGGGGUAGGGCGGUGAGUGGGCCCUCGCGGGCCGCGCGGGGUACCGUGGUACCGCCGUUGGAGGUUAGGGGGGGGUGCCCUUGCCCAUCGGGAGCCUCCUCUGACAGUGAGGAAGGCUCCCAGGGCUCAGUCUCCCCUGUCCCCCAUCCUUCCCCUGUUUCCUCGGUUUCUUCUUCCAGGGGGCCCAGCUUAGCCUUGGCUGGGCCCCCUGCCUUUCCAGUGUCCUCUGCCCCCCCCCCUCUACUUGGUGGGUCUGCCCCUGCUCUCUCUGUCUUCCCCCCUCCCUCCGUUUUUUCUCCCCUUCUUCCUUUCUCCCCCUUGUCUUCCUCCUCUCUAUUGUCCUUCCCCCCCUCUGCCUUGUCUGGGCCCCCUCCCCCCCCUUCAGGUCACUUACCUCGGCCAUCUCCUCAGGGGCAUGGGCUCACGUCUGAUCUGCUGCUUUCUUCACAGGAUACUGCUGCAGUUCAUCAAUCCGUCCAGCAGGUGGCGCCUGGAACACAGCUGAUUUCUUCUGUGGCUGCUGGAAAUGCUGAUUCUUUACCUUCUGUGAGUGCAGCACCGGGCUUGGAUCGCCAGUCUGCGACCGGUAAGUACUUUGUUCCCUCCGCUUCUGGCGCUGCGAGUCCCGGGUUGGGAGGGUUCCUCUCGGGUCUUAGGGGUUUUUUGGAUCAGUGGGAGCGUGGGAUGGCAGUUAGUGGGGGCGCUUCGGUGGACGGUCAACUCCGGUCGGCUUGGUCCCCGGCCCUGCUCCCUCCUAAUAUUCAGGCUUCUCCCCCUCCUGGGCCUCUGCUCGGGGUGGGUGGCGGUACGGUGCCCCUGGGUUCCCCGGCACCCGCGGUGGCCAGUGUUGGCGCCGCCUCGGUUGAUGCUGGGCUCGAAGGGGGGGUUCCGGACGUAGCGCGGGGUGCUGCUUACAUGUGCUGGUCUGGCCCUCUGUGCUUGCACUUGAAGCAGGAAACGAAGGAAAAAAUUUGGAAAGGGGAAUUUGUGGAGAUAUUUUCUCUCCUGCCGCUGGAGGAAGCUCCUCCCGUGGCGGACAAGGACAGUAAGGAGUCGGAGAAGGAUAGGGAGAAGUACCGUUUCCGCAAAAUUCCCAAGACCUUUGGGAACUGGAUUCGGGCGUUCUCUGUUUUAGCCAGCGUGGUUGGGGAGAAGUUUCCCCACAGGUGCUCCGCGCUGUUCUGUUACCAGGACAUGAUCUGGAAUGCUUGUCGCACCUAUGGGGGGCUGGGUUGGUGGAGAUACGAUGAGCAGUUUCGGCAGCGAAUGGCAGUGCGUCCCUCGCUGUCAUGGGAUCAGAUGGAUAACGGCCUCUGGCUUUCCAUCAUGACUCGCCCUGCCCCUCAACAGGGUGCAUUUUCGUCCUUUCUUGGGGGGGCCGGUGGGGGCGCGCCUUCCUCCUCAUCGGCCUCAGGUCCAAGGUCUGGCUGUUGUUGGAGGUUUAACGACAGUCACUGCAAAUGGGGGUCUUCCUGCCGGUUUAAGCACGAGUGCUCCGGCUGCGGCGGAGCCCAUUCCGCCGCUCGCUGUUUUAAGAGGGGUAAAACGGGUGAGAGAGGGGACAUGGGAGCUAAGGGCAACGACUCCGGUUCUCAUAAACGCGAUGCGCCCGUGGCUCGACCUUUAUAGGAAUCGGGCCGCGGCGCGGAUCCUGGUGGAGGGGUUUGAGCAUGGGUUUUGGAUCCCGUUCGCUGAACGCCCUCCGCUGCUCUCAGUACGCAACCUCAAGUCGGUGCAGGCUUUCCCUCAGGUGGUACGGGAAAAAUUGGUUAAGGAGGUUUCAAUGGGGAGGAUGGCCGGCCCUUUCUCCUCCCCACCGAUGGCUAAUUUGCGGGUCUCUCCUUUGGGUGUGGUGCCUAAGAAGGAUCCCGGGAAGUAUCGUUUGAUUCACCAUUUGUCAUACCCUCGAGGGGGUUGGGUGAAUGACGACAUUUCCGCUGAGCUUUGUAGGGUCUCCUAUGCUUCCUUCGAUGCAGCGGUUCGCAUGGUUAGGGCGGCGGGCCCAGGGGCGUUGCUGGCUAAGGCGGAUGUGGAAUCCGCUUUCCGGCUGCUCCCGGUACAUCCGGAGUGCCAUCAUCUUUUAGGGUGCACCUUUGAGGGUCAGUUUUUCGUGGACAUGUGCCUCCCUAUGGGCUGCUCGCUGUCCUGUUUCUAUUUUGAGUGCUUUAGCACUUUUCUGGACUGGGUGGUGCGGAAGGAAGCCGGGGUCGCCUCCCUCCUGCACUACCUUGAUGAUUUCCUGUGUGUGGGUCCGGCGGGAUCCCACGUCUGUGCCCUCCUGCUGCGGGUUCUCGGGGAAGUGUUUCAGCGCUUCGGGGUCCCGUUGGCUCACGACAAGACGGUGGGUCCGGUCACGUGUCUGAGCUUUCUGGGCAUCGAAAUUGAUUCGAUGGCUGGGGUAUGUCGGCUGCCGCAGGAUAAGGUGGUGGACCUGCGCCUGGCGGUGUCCCGGGCCCUGGGGCGGCGUAAGAUACAGCUGCGCUGCCUGCAGUCUCUGCUCGGGAAGUUCAAUUUUGCCUGUCGAAUCCUGCCUAUGGGGCGCAUCUUUAAUCGGCGCCUGGCGGCAGCGACGUCAGGGGUCGUUCACCCGCAGCAUUUUAUUCGGCUUACUCGGCCCUUGCGGGCUGACUUGGCCGUUUGGGAUUCCUUUUUGGCCUCCUAUAAUGGCAGGUCCUACUGGCAGGCCCCGGAGGUUUCUAACGCAGACCUCCAUUUGUUUACCGAUGCGGCGGGCUCGGGUGGCAUUGGGGCCAUUCUGGGCACGAAAUGGUGCGCUGACUCUUGGCCGGUGGCCUGGCAGGAAACGGGGCUCACUCGAAACUUGGCGUUUCUGGAGCUCUUUCCUAUCGUGGUGGCUCUGGAGGUGUGGGGUCCCAUGUUGGUGGACAGACGGGUGGUCUUCCAUUGUGAUAACCUAGGUGUGGUGCAGGCGAUCAACCAGCUGUCUGCUUCCUCUCCCCCCGUGGUUCGCCUGCUGCGGCGCCUAGUUCUGCGCUGUCUAGAGCUGAAUGUGUAUUGUAGGGCGGUGCAUAUCCCGGGUGUUCGUAAUGUGAUGGCCGAUGCUCUCUCUCGUUCACAGUGGGAUGUGUUUCGGGCAGUGGCUCCGCAGGCCGAAUUGGUGGGUGUCCCGUGUCCGACCGAGAUGUGGUCCUUGGGUCUGACCGACUAAUGGAGCUGGUCCGUGGGUCGGUGGCGGCGGCCACGUGGGACCGCUAUAACAAGGUCUGGAGGGAAUGGGACGGGUGGGAGAGGUCCAAAGGGGGUUUCGGGGACUCCUCCGCUCGCCUGCAGGGUUUGGUUCUUCUCUUUAGGGAUUGGGAGGCUGCGGGGUUGUCUCCCUCGGCCGUUUCGGCACGCUUAGCGGGACUCAGCUUCCUGUUUAAGUUGCGGGGUUGGGACGACGCUACCAAAGCAUUCCUCAUACGGCAGGCGCUAAAAGGUUUGAGGAGGGGGCAGGUGUCUACACGAGACUCGAGGCGUCCUGUCUCGGGUACGCUCCUAACUGCUUUGUGUGAGGCGCUGCACAGGGUGUGCCAUUCGGAUUUUGAGGUUCGGCUUUUUCGCCUAGCCUUUUCCUUGGCAUUCUUUGGGGCUAUGCGGAUUGGGGAGCUGGUGUGCCCCAGCCGGCGGCUAGUGGGGGGGGGUGCUGUUCGGGGAUGUCUCAUGUACCGCUGACCGGAUCUCGUUCAGGAUUCGCCGCUCUAAGACGGAUGUCUUGGGGAGGGGUAAGUGGGUCCGAUUGGGGUCCGUGCCGGGUUCCGGCAUUUGUCCUGUUUGGUCCUUUGGGGAAUAUUGUGCUCUGCGCCCUUCCUCCGCGUUGCCACUACUGGUGCACGGGGAUGGUAGUUUCCUUUCCCAUUUCCAGUUUAUUAGAGUUUUUCGUUUGGGGCUGGAGGCUGUGGGAGUGGAUAGCAGGGAGUUUGGGGGCCAUUCGUUCCGUAUUGGGGCAGCUACUGAGGCCUCGAGGCUUGGCAUGCCGGCGCAGGUAGUUCAAAGGAUUGGUAGGUGGGACUCGAGACGUUAUGUGUCCUAUGUUCGUCCGACCGGUUUAUUGACAUGAUUUCUCUCCACAGUUUCGUUUCCCCCCAGGAUCUGGAUCAUCGGACACUCCUAUGUUUACUGGGCUGGGCAGCGUGCGGAAGUGCGGCCUAGAGGUGAAAGGUUGGGUUUCACGCCUUCCGAAGCAGAGGUACGAUGGCUCGGGGCACGGGGUAUGAGGUGGUCCCGGCUCCUGCCCGAGUUGGCGCAGCUGUCCCAUAUCCUGGGGAUGCCGAGUGUCCUGGUGAUCCACCUGGGGGGCAAUGAUCUGGGCGUGGUGCCCAUUUGGGAUUUGAUUUCGGCGGUGAAGCGGGACCUAGCCCGCAUUCUGAAUUUGUUCCCCGGGGUGCGCUUAGUGUGGUCUGAGGUCAUUGCCCGUAACUACUGGCGUGGCGCCAGGAGCCAGAGUGCGAUGGAGCGUUGCAGGCGCAAGUUAAACAGGCGGGUUUCCCAGUUUGUUUUGGGGGUUCGGGGGAUCCCGGUCCGCCACAGGGUUUUUGAGCGGGAGGCGGCUCAUUUUUUUCGGGGUGACGGGGUACACCUAACGGAGGUCGGGCUCGACCUUUUCAAUCUCGCCCUUCAGGAAGCUGUGGAACAGGCCAUGAGAGGUUUUGGUGGGGUUCCCCGCUGAUUUAGGGGUAAAGCAGCGGGUCUGGUGGCGGGGGUAUGUCCUUGCCAAUCAAGUUUGAAGGGUUAUGUCUAAGGAUGGACUAAGUUUUUAUGUUUUACAGGUCUCAACCUCCCCUGCUUAAAAGGUUAAACAUUAGGUUGCCUGAGGUAUCGUGCCCAUCGAGCGUGGAUAAGGUCGGCUGAUGGCGGGCAUUGGAAGGAUUUUUUAUGACGAGGGGGGAGGUGAGAGGAAGUGGUGAUUAGGAACCACUGGAUGUUUUAUUGGCAAGGACGGUUGGGUUUCUGCAUAGCACGUUUUGUUAUUAUAUGUAUAUAUGUUAAUUUAUGAUUAUUUAUUUCUAACAGAAGAGUUUAAUAAAAAAAGGUUAUGGAUGUGUUAUGCAGUAAUUUAUUUAUGUUAUAAUAAAUGCUGUGGCCUGUUCAUCCAUACUAAGUUGUCUGUCGUUAUUGGGGGGUUUUAUUGGGGUUAUAUAUGUUAUGUGGUAUCGUAAUUCCCCACUACGUACAUACAUGAAUUAUGGCCUUUCUGACUGUGCUUAUGAGUGUGUGCUUCUGUCAGUUAUUGAAUUUCUCUUUGUGUUUGUCUGUCACUGUGUGUCUGUAUUUGUAUAUAGGUGUCUCUUAGUGUGUGCAUAUUAUUAUUAUUAUUACUGGCGUUUAUAAAGCACCAACAAAUUCCGUAGCGCUGUACAAUUGGGAAAAAGACAAACACAAUAAUAACAGACCGAUACAACAGGUAGAGGGCCCUGUCCGUGAGCUUACAAUCUAAAGGUUAAACUGGGGAGAUAAGACGAGAGGUAGCAGAGGGAUUUGUAAGUGAUGGCAGAGAGCAUUAAUAGUAUAACUGCAGCAGCUGAUAGCACGUAAAGGGAAUGUGGAGGUGAUCGGCUAUGGUUCCAAACAGCUGGAGGUACAUGCUAUAUAGUUAGAAGGAACCAGGGUGGGUGGGCAGAGCCAAGAAAAAUUAAAAGGCCUUCUUGCAGGGAUGUAUGGUGACUUGGGGCUAAGGAAGAGAGAUAAAAUAGUUACUUAAAAGACAUUUACAGCUGGGAGUGGGUGACGGGGGGGAUGGAUCAGGCUAGCCAUUUGCUAUAAACAAGUAAGUAUUUGGCAACCAAAAUGCUAUCAGCCAGAUUAUUAAUAACUACAGGUAACAUCAAGUACAACAUAUUACAGCAGUAAACUAUAUGUAUAUGGUAGUAUCAUUAUAAUAAAGGAAUAAUCUAGUAACAAAAUGAAAGAGAUCUGGCUGAAUAUCUUCUCCAUCUCAGUCCGUACCUUACCGCUGCAGUGAUCGAAAUUAAAGGGCCACUAUAGUUCCAGGAAAACAUACUCGUUUUAUAUUAUACUAUAGUGCCCUGAGGGUGCCCCCACCCUCAGGGUCCCCCUCCCGCCCGGCUCUGGAAGGGGGAAAGGGGUAAAACUUACCUUUUUCCAGCGCCGGGCGGAGAGCUCUCCUCCUCUUCUCCUCCCCGUUGGCUGUAUGCGCACACGCGGCAAGAGCUGCGCGCACAUUCAGCCGGUCACAUAGGAAAGCAUUAUCAAUGCUUUCCUAUGGACGCUUGCGUGCUCUCACUGUGAUUUUCACAGUGAGAAUCACGCAAGCGCCUCUAGUGGCUGUCAAUGAGACAGCUACUAGAGGAUUAGGGGGAAGGUUUAACCUAUUCAUAAACAUAGCAGUUUCUCUGAAACUGCUAUGUUUAUUAAAAAAAUGGGUUAACCCUAGCUGGACCUGGCACCCAGACCACUUCAUUAAGCUGAAGUGGUCUGGGUGCCUAGAGUGGUCCUUUAAAAGGCCUUGUUGCAGGGAUGUAUGGUGACUUGUGGCUUACAGCUGAAGUGAUCAAUAUUAAAAGGCCUUCUAAUAUCUCAUAUCUUGGUGGGGCCUAAAGUGGGGUAUUUGAAUUAUAUUUCUAUAUUGCUGGUUGCUGUGAUUCAAAUAGAAAAAAAAAAUGUAAAACAAUUUUAGUAUACACACACUGUGAUUACUGGUUUAUGUGUUAAUGGAAGCAGUAAUGACUGCUCAGUGCCUGUAAUGUAAUGGUAUCUGCAUUCAGCACUCACUAGUAUAAUGGAGGGAUGGAAGGGGGCCUGAGGACAAGUUGGGAGAGAUUGGCACAAGGGGGUGCGUUUAGCUGUGUAUGCGUGUCCAAAGAGACAAUGUCAGUGUAACGCAGAAACAUAUACAUAUAGACAGAAUGAGUAUCUAUGGGACAAUAUAUACUGGGAAUAUCUGGGACCAACGUGAGAGGAUUAUUGGAAUAUGUGGGAGAAGUGGCAGUUUUUCUAUUCAGAAACAUUAUUUGGUUACAAUGCUAUUUUCUUAUCUGUAACUUCAUUAUUCGGUAAGUACUUUGUCUUUUUUUUUAUUUUUUCCUGUCCAGUAAAUAUAUAUAUAUUGUUUUUCAUUAAAUAAUGCAAUAUCUACACAUAAUGAAACAAAAAAUACAUUUUAACAUCACGUUCCAGGACACACAUAAUACUCAGAUUGCAGAGGUGUGAUUUUUAGAAACUGCUUGGUAGCGAAGGGGCUAAAGAUUCUGAUUUAUAAAGCAUGCAGUGUAUCAGCCAUUUCUUGAAGUGUAACAUCUACAUUUUCUGUAACAAAAGACAAACAUGUUUCUCCUACACAGAGAGAAUUACUGACAUUCGCAGAGUAAGUUAGAGAUGAACUUGGUGAUACAUAGUUUUUCUUAAUUAAAAUGAUAGUAAAAUGUCUGAACAGAGUGAGUGGAUCCUGGACAGAAUUUCUCGGGAAGAUGGAGAUGUGGGGGGCUGGGAGGAGAGCCCCCUCUUUAUCUGGGUCGUGUGAGAUUUUACCCUCAAGUUAGAGCUCGGUGCUGGACCAAUCACUGAAGAUGAAUACCUGGAGAAUAGCUUAAAGGACAUCACUCGUAUGUAGCAGUAAUUAUUACAUGUGUGACAUAACUAUAAAUCCUCUGUGCCAAUACUUGGAACCUUUCCUGACUCAUUCAGGUCAUAGUUUAACACAGAUGGACAGACAAUUGCACGUUGGGGGUCUUGACAGAUAGCAGGCUAGCAGAAUAGGCUAGUACUUGCCAAGCUAAAUAAAUCCCAUAGAGAACAGAAACUCUCAUUAAAUAACUGUGUAGACAGCAUACUAAUUUUAGAAAUAAAAAAUUAAAAAACUUUACUAACUUGUCAACUUCCAUCUCCAGUAAACGUAAAAUGAAAUGUGUCUUUUACUGAAUUCUGAUAAUUACAGACAAAUUAAUGUAGGAAAAUGAUAAAGAAUUAAAUAAUAUGAAUCUUAAUGUUUUUAAUUUUGAGAUUCCCUACAUGUACAAACUGUGUCUUUCUGACGCAAAACAGCAGAAAAAUCUCCAAACACGCAGUAUAAGAACGAGAUCAGACGGGCUCUCAGGGCUAUGUUCCCUGUUCGUAAAUGUUUCCAGUUUGGGGUUCCCACCUCGAGCACACCGUCCAUGGAGGAUGAGGGUAACCAACAGGAAGACUUUGUGAGGAAGAGUAAGGAACUCAGUCGAUACAUCCAUGAAAAUGCCAAGGUGAAAACAUUGCAAGGAGGACAACCCAUGACAGGACCCCGUGAGUAUCUAGACUAUGUCUUAUAUUAUAGACUGGCAUGUGAUAUAAAAUUGAUAAUAUAUUGGUGGAUAAUACAGCAUAUAUUUGUAUAGCAAGUUGUUUUGUGGUUGUCCUUGCGAUGUAUGUAAUUUUGUUGCCCAGAUACCUACUGUGGAGGCUGGCCAUUUCGUCUCUUGGGUGCUGCGGCUCUGGAAUCACUGAAAUGUCAGUAUUUUGGUAAAGAGGGUGGUAUUUUGAAUAUAUAAUGGGCACUUGGUAAAUGAGCCAUCAAUCAAAUGGAAAAUGCAAUAAAAAACAAUAAUGCAAUCUCUCAAUUAUGUUUCAUGCAAACAUUUUAGGUUACAGUCAUUAAUAUAGAGUAGAUGGCCUUCUCACAUCUAUUCAUUCUCCAAGGAGGUAAAUCCCAAAAAGCAAUGUUGUCACUUGUCGGUGGACCAUGGUUUAACAUGAAAAUGAUGACUUGCAUGAUAUAUUUUACCCACCUGCUGUCUCCUUCUCCCAUCUUCAUGUGUCCAUGGUAAAUUUGAAUCAAGUUUUCAAGGAAUCAAAUGGCAGCCUCAGCAUCGCCCAGCCUCAACAGUCACCUUCUUAGUCAACAGCAAUUGUGAAUACUGUUACUUGUGACAUAUCUUAACAUUUCACCUCAUUUUGUCUUUUUUUUACAUCAUAUUUGAACAUCUCAGCAUGACAGGACCCCUGCAAUGUCAUGGCUGGUUACCCUUAGAUUAACAGCUCUAGAUUUUCCCAUUAAUUGCAUUUUUUUCACCUACAGAUAAAUAAUCUACCAAGAAAUGAUUCACUCAUCUCAUUAAUCUAAAGGUACACUCCAGACACAAGCCAGGAGUUUCCUCUUUGAGUAUAGAUACUCUGUGUAAUCUAUGUUGAACCCAGGGGGAUGUUCCCAGGUUUUUGAGGUACAUGAAUUCCAGUGGACCUACAUCAAUUUCUCCAGUUUCUCCAUGGCCCAGAGUCAGACUAGUUUCUCCUCCCUUUUGAGAAUAAGAGCUGGGAGAAAACCUCCUGGACUUCUUUUUACACUUUAAGUGCUGGUGUCAUGGUAUUAGUUAAAUAAAUUUUCCUAUUUCGAUGUAAAAUAUACCGAGUCAGAGAACUAACAUACUUUUAACAUUUGUUUAUAUGUUUAUUAUUAUUAUGUCCACAUUAUGUUUCAGUUCUGGGAAAACUGAUCCCGACAUAUAUUGAUGUUGUAAGCAGACAUCAUUUCUCCAUUCUGGUGGAUCAGAUAAGUCACAUCUCAGUGGAACACAAUGAACAGAUCAUUGCAUCAGCUACCAAACUGUAUGAAGAUAAGAUGGGAUCAAAAUGUAUCAACACCGAAAGGGAAUUUCAAGACUUGCAUGAUGCUUGCAUGGACGAGGCUAUGCUUUACUUUCAGGGUCGUUAUUUUAAGGAUCCUAAUGAGGAAAGGACUAAAUCUGAGGACAAACUGAAGGUAGCCUCUUAAUCUCCCGUAGGCAGACCCAAUCUUAGAAUAUCUUAAAGGAGAAAAUUAGAGUUCUCAUUCUAAAAUUAUAAUUUUAGUCAUUAAAUACUCUACACAGUGUGUGCUCCACCAGUCCUCAAAUCACACCAAGUGUCCAGGAUUUAGGUAUUUCCAACUUCUGUUCCAGUGGGGUUACUGACAAAACCAGGACCGUUUGUGUGCCUUGAGGACCACUGCCCUAUCAUCAGCAAUGGUUGCUGACCUUCAGAAGAUUGAUCCUAUGGCCCCUUUAACUCUCAUUCUUUAUGAUAAAAUGUAUUCUAAGAGUUUAUUCCAAAAGAUUCCUGAACACACAAUAUUACAAAAAGACUGCUGAACAGAAUUACAUAUUUCCUAUGAGAUGCCUAUUUAUAAAGUAAACUUCAAACUUUGUUUGCCUUUUAACACUUUGUGGAGAAGUAUAAAAGGUAUUUCUGUGACAAGACUGACUUGUGUAGAUAAUUAGGUGAUCUGCUGGAAUAGAAGAGAGACUAACAUGGGGUAACACUUAUUUAUUAGUUGUGAAUGGCUAUGAUGACCAGUAAGACAGAAUAUUAGAAAGAUGUGUGAAAGCAGACAGGAUAACAUUUGUUUUGUUGGAUCAAUGUAUCAUAUAGUCCUUCUGCAGAAUUAUACAACAUUGUUUUAUGUGAUGAACAUCUUGUUUCAUUGAACAUGUAAUAAUUUACUGAUGGACAAUGGCAUGGUUAUCUUGGGAGGGCCAGCUCAUUUCUAGAGCUUCUGAAUCAAGGACAGGUCAUCAUUGUUCGCUUUAUUCUUGGUAGACCACCUUGAUGAAGAAGAAAGAUGAUGUGUGGAAGAUGUGGAAGGAUUCCUCGGAGAAGACUUGUAAAGACCUCAUCCAACGUUUGUCCAAGUCACUGAAAGUGAAGCCAGAUCAGCAACAUUACCAUGCUGCUGGGGGGCACCAGAAAUUUACCCGGGACAAGAUUAGAUUAGUGUCGGAAUAUAACAAGGAGGCUAAAAAAGGUGUAAUGGUAAGGGUGACAUUUAUUUAUUUAUUUAUAAAAUAUUUUACCAGAUUUCUCUCGUUUUCAAGUAUGUCCUGGGUCCACAAAUUUAUUAAUGGAAUACUCUAAAUAUAUAGAGUACCUCCGCAUGUUGAAUCACGUUUCAUCUUCUUAUUUCAUAAAAGUAUCAAUUUCAAGAGAAUUCACCAUCGAGGCGGAGGCCGAAUUGUCCAGAGCUGCAUUAUGAUUGUGGACUCAUGCACUAUCAGUCUCAGCCAGUGCAGCACAUUACACGUCCUCCAAACUGCAUGUUUACUGGAACAAUAAAAAGCAUUCCAGCCCUGGAAUAAUCUGCGACAUGAUAUUUUAUUUGCUUUACAAGGCAAUGGAAAACUUACUAAGCCUUACUUACCUUCACCUAUGUUCACACUCUAGGCAUCACACAUUGGAGAAACACUUUUCUCUGCUGGGACUCCAUUCAGUCCCUCUGCUUUGUGCAGAGAUAUUGUGAAAGCUGGUCUCUUGGAAAAAAAGAGACAGACGAGGAUCUCCUUAUUGUAACACAUGUAUUAUCAGAAUAUUUUAUUUCAUUUUGUCACAUGAAGUGUUUGCCUCAAAUAUAGUAAAUUAAUAAUUCAGGAAAAUGACAGUAAAUUUAGUAAUAGCUAGUCUAGAUUUUGCAAGAGAAUUUUAAAAAGCAUGUAAAAAAUCACAGAAUUGCCCCACAUUUUCCCCACAUUAAAUGCCAUCCAGGAGAAACACCUUAUCAGGAUAGUUACAAUAAAACCACAGCUAUUCACCAAACAUCGAACUGUAAGAAAUUCAAAGGGAAUUUUAAAAUAUUAGGUGAACAAACCUGAACUGUAACAUCCAAUUCAGCCAAAUUCACAGUUACACUAUUUUCUCCUAAAAAGUUAAAAUUCACAUUCCGUUUAUGUAAAACCCUGACUGUCAAACCUGGGAGCAGACUAACACAUGGGGCUGGUUAAACUUUGACAAACAAAAUCCCUUUUAAAGGGACACCUGGGCAAUAUAACCUGCUUUAUGGUUAACUGACUGCCCCAUUGUCCCAUUCAAAAUUGCAGAUAUGAAGUAACAGCUUCCAUAGGGAAGAUUUGUCUUAUUUUAUAUGGGGGGUGCCUGGCACCUUCAUGGGUAAAGGAACACUGCAGACAUUAAAAGUGAAACGGACCGUUUUGCACACAAGGGGUAAAAACCGUUUAGGCGAUCGGCCCCCUUUCCAGAGAUACAGGCACAGCUACUGCAGAACACCAAACUCCCGGACUGGAUACAAAAUAGCACUCCAACUCCCGAACUGGAACCUCCCAAAUAGCUGCUAGCAGACGAACAGGAAAAGCAGACAAUCAGCUUACACUCCUGGCAAUCAGUCUCUAACAGCAUACAGUGAAUCCCCCCAAGAACGAGACAAGGCUCCGUGUUGAGGGUCAAGCAGUGGUCUGAGGUGCUGGCACACCCAGCCUGGUUUUUAUUACAGUCUUGCAAAUACAGGACCGCCCACAGGGAGGUAUAAAAUAUCCAGUAACAUAUUAGUUACAACCCACAGAUUCCCUCCCCCUUAUCCUCAGAGGUAACCCAAUACACAUACCUUUUACCACAAUGCAUCCUGGCUUCCUCUCCUCUGCCCUGGAGAUAAGUGAGAAGUAAUUCAAUUAUCUCCCAGGACAGGGACAAGACUCCAUUAUGCACAUGGUGACACAAAGACAGUAAAACACUUUAAAAUACAUAAAGUCACAUUUGUUACAUAACACACAGACAUUUAACAUAUCCCCAGAUAGCUCAGGUCUGAGCGCACAUUAUUAAGCGAAUGGUGCUCAGACCACACGAAUACAGUUUAAUCGCCAUGGAGCCAAAGUCUUUACAGUCAGUUUCAUACGAAUGGGCUCCAUGGGAUUCCUAUCUGGGGUAUAACACAUUCAAACAAAUCUACCGAACCCCAGGCAGAAAAGCACGAAUGAAGCUUUUCUGCAGGUAAAAAAGAUGUCUUUUAACAGGGAGCCAUAGUCCAAAGGCAGCAGGCGAGCAACCAGGCUUCUCCAAUGCAAUGUGGCGAGAUUGGUCUCGUCACAAAAAGCAAACCUUGUUCUUAGAGUUGUAGUGUUCCUUUAAAAUAAUUUAUAAAAUGCUCCGUCUUACAGCUCUGGCAAGAUCCAUCUCAUUUCCUCCCACGGCUAGAAUUAGCAAUGUUACAAAGCUCGUGACUUUUUGCUGUAUAUAUUUGUGGCAAUUGUUUUUUACUCACUUUUAGAAAAAAGGCAAAUUAAAUGUUCAUCUUAGUAAUUAGUAACUGAGUGAUCAGAAAGUUAUUUUAAAACAUUUUAUGUUUUAAGCAUUUUAAAGGACACGUUGGGUACAUUUGCCCAACAUUUUUUGUUUGGUCCAGAAAUCCAGUCCUGGGGAUUUUAUAUUUAACACUUUGGGUGGAAAAAUCUCAAAUUUAACUCUGCGGGAGCAGUUUUUAUUAAUUAGUUUCUUCAUUUUCUGUCCCCCGAAAGGCAGAGCACGUUCUCCAGGAUUAUUUGAAGGAAAUUGAACCAUUGGAAGACAUUAUUAAACAGACCGAGAAAAAGUUAUCAGGUGAUUUUUUUUUUUUUUUUAUCUUUAUCCUUUUUCAUAAAUAUAUAAACAGUGUGUCUUUGUAUACAUAAAACGUAACAAUGUAAAAUAUUUUGUUCUGGCUGAUAUCUGAAAUCUUCUUUUAGAUUACUUUUAUACAAAUGUUGCAGUGAAUUUUACUUUAUUUACAUUAUUAUUUAUAUUUAUUCUAUGAGAGCAGCGAUCAGAGAUCAGUAAAUAUUAACAGGAGGAAUAGUUUUUACAGUUUCCGAGGAAACAUCCUAAAAUAUGUGAAAAUGGCUUAAUGCAGCAUGCAUAGGCGUGCGCAGCCUAUUGUAUAAGGGUGUGCACCCUAAAGCAGAAACACACACGCCUUGUGCUGUGUGUGUGUGUGUAGGCGCUGUGUGUGUGUGCGGGUGCUGUGUGUGUGUUCGAGUGCUGUGUGUGUGUGGGCGCUGUGUGUGGGAAGGUUCUGUGUGUGCGUGUGUAUGUGUAAGGGUGCUGCUAGUGUGUGUGUGUGAGGGUGCUGUGUGUGUAAGGGUGUUGUUAGUGUGAGGGUGCUGUUAGUGUGUGUGUGUGUGUGUAAGGGUGUUGUUAGUGUGUGCUGUGUGUGUGUAUGUGUCAGGGUGCUGUGUGUGUAAGGGUGUUGUUAGUGUGAGGGUGCUGUUGGUGUGUGUGUGUGUUUGUAAGGGUGUUGUAAGUGUGUGCUGUGUGUGUGUGUGAGGGUGUUGUGUGUAAGGGUGCUGUUAGUGUGUGCUGUGUGUAAGGGUGUUGUUAGUGUGAGGGUGCUGUUAGUGUGUGUGUGUGUGCUGUGUGUGUAAAGGUGAUGUAUGUGUGUGUGCUGUAUGUUUGUGUGUAAUGUGUGGGGUGUGGGGGCCAUUUAGUUAAUAUCCCCCCUCCCUUCUUACCUUAUGCAGGGAGGGGGGAUCCUUUAUGCCAUCCCUGGUGGUCCUGUGGUGAGUGAACUCUAGCCUGUGGGGCUAGAGUUCACUCUCGCGAGAUCUGAGCAUUGCCGCGGUGACCGUGGCAACGCUCCGACCUCGCGAGAGGAACCCGGGGGAGCUGCUGGCAAGAGCUCCCCGGGUCCUCUCCUGCCUCCCUCCCUGCCUGUGGGUUGGUGAGGGAGAUCUGUGAUCUCCCUCACCUGCCCACGGAGGGAGGCACAUAGUGCGUGCCGCGGGGGUUAGUGUGUGCUUAGGUAGCAUGUAAUAUUAUAUCGUGGUUUUAUACCGAGAAGUGAGCUGGUUAGUUGUCUGAUGUUUAUCUAUACCAGUAGUGCAUGUAGCAUGUUAAUAAUUUACCCUAUUCAUUGUGACUUCUUCCAGAGUCAGGCACCGUAACUCAAAUAACAUCUUAUCUCAAUAGUGCUUAGCUCCAUAUUGCCAUAAGUCUUGAUCAUCCAUGCCCAGUAUUUCCGUCAUUUACCAUUCAGUAUAAAUAACUGCAGAUCGCCAAAUAAGUGGGUGGAGUGGGCAAAUAAAAGCUGGAUUGUGAGCUUUUUCCUCUUGGCAGCAUUCAUUUUAAACAAUAAAGAGAUGUAAAGUCCACAAUGAAAGACAAAACAUUAAGGGAAGAACAUUAAAUGAAAAGUGUUGGACAAUAAAGAGGACUUUAUACCUAUUUCCCCGUUCUGCAGCCCAAGAAGACAUCCAGCAUGGCAGUGUGUGACAACCUACCAGUUGGUUUGCUUGGAGAGGAACUCUAUUGCAGUGGAACAGCAAUCCCUUGCAAACACGACCUUCCCAGGUGCCUGUGAGUGAUACAGGAACCUGGGAGAUCUAUGAGGGCAUGGGAAGCCAUUAAACCAGAAAGGUGAAGGCAGGAAACAAAGUCAGGCGGUCCAACAGUCAGAACUGGCAGCAAGGGAGUGUAGUCAAGAAUCAAACUGAAGGUCAUGAGCUGCGAAAUCCACAUAUUGUAGCAGGAAACUAGAUGUCAAAGGUCAGAGACAAGAGAACUUGGUAAACUUGGUCAGGCCAUCUUGGCCACAUCACAGCUCCUCCCACCAGUGGGGAGCACAGUUGGGGAAGCAGCCCUUUAGGACCUUCUACCAGGAAGUUGCAGGCACGCUGGAGCAGGCAAGUGCAUGUGGGCAAUGUGACAGUGUCAGAGGGUUCCAGAUACACAACCACCCACUCAGUGGUGUAUCCUGGUUUUGUGCUGCCCUAGGCAGGACAAAACUCAGGCACCCCCCCAUGCUACCCCCACCCGCGCAACCGCCACCCAACCCUUCCCCCCUGCUACGCCUUCUAAAUACAAACACACACAUUCACUGACAGAUACGCAUUCACUAGCUAACAGAAACACACACUCACUAACAGACACACACUCACUCACAGGCAAACACACACACACACACUAACAGGCAAACACACACACACACACACUAACAGACACACACACACACACACACACACAUUAACAGACACACACACUAACAGACAGACACACACACACACUAACAGACAGACACACACUAACAGACAGACACACACUAACAGACACACACUAACACUAACAGACACACACACACUAACACUAACAGUCACACACACUAACAGACACACACUCUAACAUACACACACUCUAACAUACACACUCUAACAUACACACACUCUAACAUACACACAUACUAACAGACACACACACUCACUUGUGUUUUUUUUUUUUAUUUAACCCCCCCAGCCUCCUUACCUUUGGGAAUGCUGGGGGGGUUCUUCCUCUCUCUGGGGUCCAGUGGCUGCCGGUCGGGCUGGGCGGGUGGGCGGGCUGCGAGGGAGCUCUUCCCCUGAGCGCUCUGCUCAGCUCCCUCUCGUGCCGCCAGCAGAGUGAGGCUGGGAGCCGGAAGAUGACGUCAUAUUCCGGCUCCCAGCCUCACUCUGCGGCGCGCGAGGGAGCUGAGCAGAGCGCUCAGGGGAAUAGCUCCCUCGCAGCCUGCCCGCCAGGCAUGUCUGUUAGCCGCGAGGCUAACAAGGCAUUUGCCCUGGGCAUUUGGGGGCGGCUUUUUUGCCGCCCCCUGAAAAAUGCCGCCUAAGGCAAAUGCCUUGUUUGCCUCGCGGCUAAUACGCCCCUGCACCCACUUUCUAAAUAUGUAAAAUCCAAUCUAUAAGCUGCAGUUCCAGACAACCUCACAUCAAUAUGAGUCAAUCUUCCACCCCUAAAGGAACACGUCCUUAUAAUAUACAUUCUUCCUAUCUCUAUAGCAACUAGGUAACAAUAUACCAGUUCAAUGUAUAUUAUAGCCAAAAUAAACUCACAAAGAAAAAUAAAGUAUUAUAGUUGCACAAGACUCAAGCCUUAAAUGGACACUAUAGUCACCAGAACAACUCCAGCUUAUUGAAUUUGUUCUGGUGAGUAUAAUAAUCCCCUUCAGCCUUUCUUGCAGAGAAAAUGCAGUGUUUACAUUACAGCCUAGAGAUACCUCCACUGGCCACUCCUCGCAUGGCUACUUCCUGGGGCAGUGCUGCACAGUGUGACUGACAUUCAGGGUCUCCAUCCUCUGCAUGGAGGCACUGAACUUUCCUCAUAGAGAUGCAUUGAUUCAAUGUAUGUCUAUGAGGAGAUGAUUAUUGGUCAGGGCUGUGUUUGGCUUGUGCUGGCUCUGCCUCUGAUCUGCCUCAUUGACAGUCUCAGCCAAUCCUAUGGAAAGCAUUGUGAUUGGCUCAGAGAAUAAUUUUUGAUGAUGUCAGCCAAGCAGGCAGAUAUGGGGUAGAGGCCGCAGCUGCAGACUGGAAUAAAGGUAAGAUUUUACUGUAUUUAGCGGGACAAGUAGGGCCAGGAGGGCUAGAUGGUGGUUUUAACACUAUAGGGUCAAGAAUACAUAUUUGUGUUCCUGACCCUUUAGUGUUCCUUUAAAAAACACAUCUGAAGCUUCAUGGGUACCACAGUUCCCAAACUCUAUAACAUCACAGAUUACAAAUGGCAUAACCCCUAACUCCCACGCUAUAGAAUACCUCAGGUCUCUAACUCUAGAACAUCACAACUCUAUACCUCUAGAAAACAACAGCUCUCUAAAUGUAAAACACCACAGCUAGCUAAAGGUAGAACACAACUGCUCUCUAACUCUAGAACACCACAGCUAGCUAAAGGUAGAACACAACUGCUUUAGAACUCUACUCUAGAGCACCACAGCUAUCUAACUCUAGAGCACCACAGCUCUCUAACUCUAGAGCACCACAGCUAUCUAAAGGUAUAACACCACCAUGUCUCUUUGACUCUACAACUCCACAGCUAACUAGAUCUAGGACACCACAGCUUACUAACCUAAACCAACAUGGUAAGGCGCAUUGCUGCUGUUGGAGCACAUUAUGACUUAGUUUCACUUCUUUGUUGGCAGAAAACGGAUGGAAAAAGGAAGUGAUUAGUUGGACUGUGGUGCUUAUUUAUUUUGGGGUAUUGGCCAAUGUAUUGCCUAGUUAGGAAUCCUUUAUGUAGGAGAAUUGGCUAGAUUCCCUCCCCCCCUAGCUUAGGAGCUUUCUAGUUCCUUCUGGUAUUGUAGCAGCACUUUGUAAGUGAGACAGAGUUGGACAGUCUCGAUAUCUGUGUUAUUCUAAUUCAUUUCUGCUAGGACGUCACCUGAAGAGCGGUCUCUUUAAUCGGUAUAAUUAAUCUGAACUUGCAACAACAGACAUUUUGAAACUUGAAAAAAAUGUGCCUUUCGUGCACAUAUACGUUUGCACUGCACAUGUUGGUGAUGUUUGAAAAAAACAAUAAAAAAACAAUAAAAAAAAAUUCUGUGUUUUUGUUCCCCUUAUCUAUCUUACACAUGUAUCGAUUUUUUUAAUUGGUGCAACUAUUGAGACCCCUCCUUUUAAUGUAUAUAUUUUUUCAAUAAAAUGAUUUGCUACUUUUCUUAUUAUCUAUGGGGGUUUAUUUGUGUCUUGUAUGCCUUUUUUUUUGUGGCAUUUUAGACAUUAGUUAUUUACAAUGUUUUUUUUAAAACUCUAGAACGCGACUGCCGUCUGAAUUCAGAAUGUUGCUCUAUCCAUCCAGAACAUUGUAACUCUCCAAAUUCAGCCCAAUGCAAACUCCCAGUUAUAAACCUGCAAAACCGAGACUGAUGGUGGAAUUACAGUGUCCUGAUUUGAUUGUCUGACUAUGUAUUUAUUAUCAUUUAUAUAGCACCAGCAAAUUCCGUAGCGCUGUACAACAGUAUCCAGACAAUGACAGCAGAGAAAGUGUUCUUCUUGGGCUGAUGGUAGUUUCCAGUCAUUUGGAUGUACAGCAUGGUCUAACAUUUAGCAAACUGAGUCUUUUAAUUUCAGUCUCUUUCUGGUUUCAGAGAAAAAGGACCAGAAAUAUAAAGUGGAUAAUAUGACUGACACCAGCCAGCUCUCCAGAUAUAUCAGUAAUUACCGGCUGGAGAUCAGGAAAUAUGACCGCAUUCUCAUACAAAUGAUGGGCUUUGUUGGUCAUGGAAAGUCAUCGUUUGUCAAUUCCUGUUUAUACGCAAUGAGUAGUAAGGGCUUCCAGGACUUGGCUGGAGAAGGUAGAACUAAUGAGGCUGAAACAAUGAUUAGAAAGGCUUACCCGCUGACAGAGACCAUCGUUCUCGUGGACAACCCAGGCUUCACCAAGCUGGAUUCCAGUGAAAUUUGUGCUCAGCUCAGUAGGUUCCCAGUUUGAAGAAUUCUGAUUGUAAAAUAGUUAUUAUAUUUUUUUCCCAGUUACAUAAUGACACAAAAUAGCACGAAUGAACAUAAUACAGGGAAUGAAAUAUUUAUAUUAUUAGUAACUGUCUGUUACUUUACAUUAUUUUCUGUUAGACUUAUAUAUUUACUUAUAUUUCUGUUUAAUACAUAUACUAUUAAUUGUUGCUAUUAUUAUAUUUAUCACAAUAGUGACAUACAUUUUAUAUCUAAAAAUUUUGUGUAUUUUCAGGUAACUGCGCGGGAUUGAGCAAAGACGUGGUUUGGGGUGUAAAUGAAGGAUUGAAGCCAAUGACUGAACGAAAGGAUUACAAACCUGACAUUAUAGUGCCAGUCCUUAUACACAGGUAACAGUCAUAUAAUAUAUAAUAAAUAAUGUCAGUCCUUAUACACAGGUAACAGUCAUAUAAUAUAUAAUAAAUAAUGCCAGUCCUUAUACACAGGUAACAGUCCUAUAAUAUAUAAUAAAAUAAUGCCAGUCCGUAUACACAGGUAACAGUCAUGUAAUAUAUAAUAAAUAAUGCCAGUCCUUAUACACAGGUAACAGUCAUAUAAUAUAUAAUAAAUAAUGCCAGUCCUUAUACACAGGUAACAGUCCUAUAAUAUAUAAUAAAAUAAUGCCAGUCCUUAUACACAGGUAACAGUCAUAUAAUAUGUAAUAAAAUAAUGCCAGUCCUUAUACACAGGUAACAGUCCUAUAAUAUAUAAUAAAUAAUGCCAGUCCUUAUACACAGGUAACAGUCAUAUAAUAUAUAAUAAAUUAAUGUCAGUCCUUAUACACAGGUAACAGUCAUAUAAUAUGUAAUAAAAUAAUGCCAGUCCUUAUACACGGGUAACAGUCAUAUAAUAUGUAAUAAAAUAAUGCCAGUCCUUAUACACAGGUAACAGUCCUAUAAUAUAUAAUAAAAUAAUGCCAGUCCUUAUACACAGGUAACAGUCCUAUAAUAUAUAAUAAAUAAUGCCAGUCCUUAUACACAGGUAACAGUCCUAUAAUAUAUAAUAAAUAAUGCCAGUCCUUAUACACAGGUAACAGUCAUAUAAUAUAUAAUAAUAAUGCAGUCCUUAUACACAGGUAACAGUCAUAUAAUAUAUAAUAAAUAAUGCCAGUCCUUAUACACAGGUAACAGUCCUAUAAUAUAUAAUAAAUAAUGCCAGUCCUUAUACACAGGUAACAGUCAUAUAAUAUAUAAUAAAUAAUGCCAGUCCUUAUACACAGGUAACAGUCAUAUAAUAUAUAAUAAAAUAAUGCCAGUCCGUAUACACAGGUAACAGUCCUAUAAUAUAUAAUAAAUAAUGCCAGUCCUUAUACACAGGUAACAGGCCUAUAAUAUAUAAUAAAUAAUGCCAGUCCUUAUACACAGGUAACAGUCAUAUAAUAUAUAAUAAAUAAUGCCAGUCCUUAUACACAGGUAACAGUCCUAUAAUAUAUAAUAAAUAAUGCCAGUCCAUAUACACAGGUAACAGUCAUAUAAUAUAUAAUAAAUGAUGCCAGUCCUUAUACACAGGUAACAGUCAUAUAAUAUAUAAUAAAAUAAUGCCAGUCCUUAUACACAGGUAACAGUCCUAUAAUAUAUAAUAAAUAAUGCCAGUCCUUAUACACAGGUAACAGUCAUAUAAUAUAUAAUAAAUAAUGCCAGUCCUUAUACACAGGUAACAGUCAUAUAAUAUAUAAUAAAUAAUGCCAGUCCUUAUACACAGGUAACAGUCAUAUAAUAUAUAAUAAAAUAAUGCCAGUCCUUAUACACAGGUAACAGUCCUAUAAUAUAUAAUAAAUAAUGCCAGUCCUUAUACACAGGUAACAGUCAUAUAAUAUAUAAUAAAUAAUGCCAGUCCUUAUACACAGGUAACAGUCAUAUAAUAUAUAAUAAAUAAUGCCAGUCCUUAUACACAGGUAACAGUCCUAUAAUAUAUAAUAAAUAAUGUCAGUCCUUAUACACAGGUAACAGUCCUAUAAUAUAUAAUAAAAUAAUGCCAGUCCUUAUACACAGGUAACAGUCAUAUAAUAUAUAAUAAAUAAUGCCAGUCCUUAUACACAGGUAACAGUCAUAUAAUAUAUAAUAAAUAAUGCCAGUCCUUAUACACAGGUAACAGUCCUAUAAUAUAUAAUAAAAUAAUGCCAGUCCUUAUACACAGGUAACAGUCAUAUAAUAUGUAAUAAAAUAAUGCCAGUCCUUAUACACAGGUAACAGUCCUAUAAUAUAUAAUAAAUAAUGCCAGUCCUUAUACACAGGUAACAGUCAUAUAAUAUAUAAUAAAUUAAUGUCAGUCCUUAUACACAGGUAACAGUCAUAUAAUAUGUAAUAAAAUAAUGCCAGUCCUUAUACACGGGUAACAGUCAUAUAAUAUGUAAUAAAAUAAUGCCAGUCCUUAUACACAGGUAACAGUCCUAUAAUAUAUAAUAAAAUAAUGCCAGUCCUUAUACACAGGUAACAGUCAUAUAAUAUAUAAUAAAUAAUGCCAGUCCUUAUACACAGGUAACAGUCCUAUAAUAUAUAAUAAUAAUAAUGCCAGUCCUUAUACACAGGUAACAGUCAUAUAAUAUAUAAUAAAUAAUGCCAGUCCGUAUACACAGGUAACAGUCAUAUAAUAUAUAAUAAAUAAUGCCAGUCCUUAUACACAGGUAACAGUCCUAUAAUAUAUAAUAAAUAAUGCCAGUCCUUAUACACAGGUAACAGUCCUAUAAUAUAUAAUAAAUAAUGCCAGUCCUUAUACACAGGUAACAGUCAUAUAAUAUAUAAUAAAAUAAUGCCAGUCCUUAUACACAGGUAACAGUCCUAUAAUAUAUAAUAAAUAAUGCCAGUCCUUAUACACAGGUAACAGUCAUAUAAUAUAUAAUAAAUUAAUGUCAGUCCUUAUACACGGGUAACAGUCAUAUAAUAUGUAAUAAAAUAAUGCCAGUCCUUAUACACGGGUAACAGUCAUAUAAUAUGUAAUAAAAUAAUGCCAGUCCUUAUACACAGGUAACAGUCCUAUAAUAUAUAAUAAAAUAAUGCCAGUCCUUAUACACAGGUAACAGUCCUAUAAUAUAUAAUAAAUAAUGCCAGUCCUUAUACACAGGUAACAGUCCUAUAAUAUAUAAUAAAUAAUGCCAGUCCUUAUACACAGGUAACAGUCAUAUAAUAUAUAAUAAAAUAAUGCCAGUCCUUAUACACAGGUAACAGUCAUAUAAUAUAUAAUAAAUAAUGCCAGUCCUUAUACACAGGUAACAGUCCUAUAAUAUAUAAUAAAUAAUGCCAGUCCUUAUACACAGGUAACAGUCAUAUAAUAUAUAAUAAAUAAUGCCAGUCCUUAUACACAGGUAACAGUCCUAUAAUAUAUAAUAAAAUAAUGCCAGUCCUUAUACACAGGUAACAGUCCUAUAAUAUAUAAUAAAUAAUGCCAGUCCUUAUACACAGGUAACAGUCCUAUAAUAUAUAAUAAAUAAUGCCAGUCCUUAUACACAGGUAACAGUCCUAUAAUAUAUAAUAAAUAAUGCCAGUCCUUAUACACAGGUAACAGUCAUAUAAUAUAUAAUAAAUAAUGCCAGUCCUUAUACACAGGUAACAGUCAUAUAAUAUAUAAUAAAUAAUGCCAGUCCUUAUACACAGGUAACAGUCCUAUAAUAUAUAAUAAAUAAUGUCAGUCCAUAUACACAGGUAACAGUCCUAUAAUAUAUAAUAAAUAAUGCCAGUCCUUAUACACAGGUAACAGUCAUAUAAUAUAUAAUAAUAUAAUGCCAGUCCUUAUACACAGGUAACAGUCAUAUAAUAUAUAAUAAAUAAUGCCAGUCCUUAUACACAGGUAACAGUCAUAUAAUAUGUAAUAAAAUAAUGCCAGUCCUUAUACACAGGUAACAGUCCUAUAAUAUAUAAUAAAUAAUGCCAGUCCUUAUACACAGGUAACAGUCAUAUAAUAUAUAAUAAAAUAAUGUCAGUCCUUAUACACAGGUAACAGUCAUAUAAUAAUAAUAAAUAAUGCCAGUCCUUAUACACAGGUAACAGUCAUAUAAUAUAUAAUAAUAUAAUGCCAGUCCUUAUACACAGGUAACAGUCAUAUAAUAUAUAAUAAAUAAUGCCAGUCCUUAUACACAGGUAACAGUCAUAUAAUAUGUAAUAAAAUAAUGCCAGUCCUUAUACACAGGUAACAGUCCUAUAAUAUAUAAUAAAUAAUGCCAGUCCUUAUACACAGGUAACAGUCAUAUAAUAUAUAAUAAAAUAAUGUCAGUCCUUAUACACAGGUAACAGUCAUAUAAUAUAUAAUAAAUAAUGCCAGUCCUUAUACACAGGUAACAGUCCUAUAAUAUAUAAUAAAUAAUGCCAGUCCUUAUACACAGGUAACAGUCAUAUAAUAUAUAAUAAAUAAUGCCAGUCCUUAUACACAGGUAACAGUCCUAUAAUAUAUAAUAAAUAAUGUCAGUCCUUAUACACAGGUAACAGUCCUAUAAUAUAUAAUAAUAUAAUGCCAGUCCUUAUACACAGGUAACAGUCAUAUAAUAUAUAAUAAAUAAUGCCAGUCCUUAUACACAGGUAACAGUCAUAUAAUAUAUAAUAAAUAAUGCCAGUCCUUAUACACAGGUAACAGUCAUAUAAUAUAUAAUAAAAUAAUGCCAGUCCUUAUACACAGGUAACAGUCCUAUAAUAUAUAAUAAAUAAUGCCAGUCCUUAUACACAGGUAACAGUCAUAUAAUAUAUAAUAAAUUAAUGUCAGUCCUUAUACACAGGUAACAGUCAUAUAAUAUGUAAUAAAAUAAUGCCAGUCCUUAUACACGGGUAACAGUCAUAUAAUAUGUAAUAAAAUAAUGCCAGUCCUUAUACACAGGUAACAGUCCUAUAAUAUAUAAUAAAAUAAUGCCAGUCCUUAUACACAGGUAACAGUCCUAUAAUAUAUAAUAAAUAAUGCCAGUCCUUAUACACAGGUAACAGUCCUAUAAUAUAUAAUAAAAUAAUGCCAGUCCGUAUACACAGGUAACAGUCAUAUAAUAUAUAAUAAAAUAAUGUCAGUCCGUAUACACAGGUAACAGUCCUAUAAUAUAUAAUAAAAUAAUGUCAGUCCUUAUACACAGGUAACAGUCAUAUAAUAUAUAAUAAAUAAUGCCAGUCCUUAUACACAGGUAACAGUCAUAUAAUAUAUAAUAAAUAAUGCCAGUCCUUAUACACAGGGAACAGUCAUAUAAUAUAUAAUGAAUAAUGCCAGUCCUUAUACACAGGUAACAGUCCUAUAAUAUAUAAUAAAUAAUGUCAGUCCUUAUACACAAGUAACAGUCAUAUAAUAUAUAAUAAAAUAAUGACAGUCCUUAUACCCAGGGAACAGUCAUAUAAUAUAUAAUGAAUAAUGCCAGUCCUUAUACACAGGUAACAGUCCUAUAAUAUAUAAUGAAUAAUGCCAGUCCUUAUACACAGGUAACAGUCCUAUAAUAUAUAAUAAA